CUUGUUUCCGGGGCGCUCAGAUCGACCGGUGACGUUUUUCCCAGCUGCAGUGAGACGGACUGGGCGAGAAUGGCUGCCGGUGGAGACAUUGGGAAGCUGUUACAAGUACAAAAUGGGACUCCUUCAAGCACAAGCUAUAACGGGGUAGACGCCCUGCACGCCUGCACCAUUCUCCAGCAGCUUAAAGCCCUGUACGAUGAAGCGCAGCUGACUGACAUCGUCGUGGAGGUGGACAAUGGCGAGACCUUCGCCUGUCACAGAAAUGUCCUCGCUGCUAUCAGUCCUUACUUCAGAUCCAUGUUCACCAGCGGCCUUACGGAGAGCAGCCAGCGCGAGGUGCGCAUCGUGGGCGUGGAGUCAGAAUCCAUGAGCCUGGUUCUCGACUACGCCUACACCUCACGUGUCGCUCUGUCCGAGCACAACGUGCAAACUCUGUUUACUGCAGCGAGUCUCUUCCAGAUCCCGGCGCUGCAAGACCAGUGCGCUCACUUCAUGAUCAGCCGGCUGGAGCCACAGAACUGCAUUGGCGUGUUCAUGUUCGCCGACACGUACGGACACCGGGAACUCCGCGAACGAGCCCAGGACUACGUGCGCAGGAAGUUUCUGUGCGCCGUGGACGAACCUGAGUUCCUUCAUUUGACCAAAGAGCAGCUGGUGGGAAUUCUGGAUAGCGAUGACCUGAACGUGGACAAAGAGGAGCACGUGUACGAGGGCAUCGUGCGCUGGCUGGAGCACGACACUGUGCGUCGGCAGCCCUUCCUUGCUGACGUCUUUGCCAAGUGUAUCCGGCUGCCGCUAUUAGACGAAGCCUUCGUGAGUCGCAUCCCGGCCCCAUUCGCCCUGGCGCUGCCCAUGGAGCCUACAGAAAAGAACCGAACUAAUGGUGCCAACGGCUGCCCGCAACGCUUAGGCAUGACGGCGUCCGAGAUGGUGAUCUGUUUUGAUGCCGCACACAAGCACUCAGCCAAAAAGCAGACCGUACCCUGUCUGGAUACAGCCACGGGCAAAGUGUACAAGCUGUGCAAACCGCCCAACGACCUGCGCGAGGUCGGGAUCCUCGUCACACCCGAGAACGACAUCAUCAUCGCUGGAGGUUAUCGUCCCGGGAGCAGCGAGACGUGCAUCGAUCAUCGCGCAGAAAGUGACGUCUGGCUGUACGAGCACGCCGGCAACCGGUGGCUGGCACGCGCGCCCAUGCUGAGAGCGAGGAUCGGAUGCCGCCUGGUGCACUGCUGUGGGAAGGUGUUCGCUCUCGGGGGGCGUGUAUACGAGGGCGACGGGCGCAACGCUCUGAAAUCGGUUGAGUGCUACGAUGCCAGGGAUGACUGCUGGAUUGCCGUAAGUCCGAUGCCCGUUGCCAUGGAGUUCCACAGCGCUGUAGAGUAUAAGGAUCGCAUCUAUGUUCUCCAGGGCGAAUACUUCUUCUGCUUUGACCCCUGUAAGGAUUACUGGAGCCACCUAGCACCCAUGAACAUCCCCCGCAGUCAAGGACUGGCGGCACUGCAUGGUCACCGCAUCUACUACAUCGGCGGCGUGUGCCGCAACCACCAGCGCACCUUCACGGUGGAGGUGUUUGACCUCGAGCAGAACAGUUGGAGCCAACGACAGGACUUGCCCUUCGAGCAGGCUGCCAGCCCCUACAUCAAAGCGAUGAUGUUAGGAGGACACCUGCACCUGUUCGUGCGCGCCACCCAGGUCACGGUGGAGGAGCACGUGUUCCGCACCAGCCGCAAGAACUCUCUCUACCAGUACGACGAAGGGGACGACAGCUGGAGCAAAGUCUACGAGACGCCGGAGCGACUCUGGGAUCUCGGCCGCCAUUUCGAGUGCGUCGUAGCCAAGCUGUACCCCCAGUGUCUCCAGAAAGUGCUUUGAUCCGCUGGAGAAAGCGAGAAGCAGGGAUUUCUUUUGUUCGUUCGUUUUUUUUUUGUUUGUUUUUUGUUUCAGGAAAAGGGGGUUUCAGGAGUUCUGUUCCCCGCCUAUGGUGCUGUUCGAAUCUCCAGACACGAGAGGAGGGGAGUCUUAAAAUCGAGCGAAAUUCGAUGACCUCAGAGGAGCGCUUCUUGUGAAGACGGCAGUAUUUUUAAUCUAUAAGAGACAAGAACAAAGUGUCCUCGCUGUUGCUUGUUUUACAGUUAAAACAAACAAAUUCUAAGUGCAAUUAUCACAUUGUUUGUGUCUUGAGCCAUUUUGUCUUUUUAUCUCCGCGGCUUAGGUGAGUUUUUUUUUUUUUUUAAUUAUUAUUAUUAUUGGUUUUGUUGGUGUGCAGUGGAACAUAGGAAUAGAUGAUGUCCUUUUUGGAAAGGACAAACCGCGUGUGUCAAAAAAAGACAAUAAAGUAAUAAAUAUAUAUAAAUAGCUAUAUAAAUAUAUGAAUACACUCAUACGGGUCUGGUGGGAUGAGGUGCCCAUCCUUAGGUAGCUAGAAUACUGAAUAAUAAUUUUUUUGUUUUUUUCCUCUUAAUGAUUCGUUAAACCAACUGUGGAGAAAAUAUCUUUUCGUUUUUGAUUAUUUAGUUGCUUUGUAAUCUUUAAUAUAGCAUAGUCUAAUUGUGAGUGAAUAAUUCUUUUAUUUGGUCUUUUUAAAAAUACUUUUUAUGUUGUUGUAGUUAGCCUUUUAACGUGUCGAUCCAGAUGCUUUACUGACUUUUUGUUUUAGCUUUUCUGUUAGGGUUUUAUUUACUUUUUACUUAUUAUUUAAAUUCAAUUUGUACAUCCAUCUCAGCUGCUUCCUAAGGAGCCCUCAUAGGGACAUGAGUGAUGGGUGGGGACAAAAACAAAACAAAAAUUGCAACUUAGAAUGCAAAAAAAAAAAAAAAAAGAAAUCAGACAUAUGAGGAGAACAAAAUAAAAAAAAUCCCGACCAUUUGACUCGUACUUCCAACACCAUAAUACGGAGAGGGCGAGUAUGUCAGUGCAUUUUACCAAUUGUUGUGUUGAAGUACCACCUGGAGCAUCUUCUAGACUAACAUAUGUGCUUAUAACUUGUAAUAAGAUUUAUUUUAGCGUUUCAUGAGAAGUAUGGCUUCCUCUGGUAGUCCUCCUGACUUCAUGAAUGUUUUUAUUUCGGUGAACAGCGAUAACGUUACUUCAACACAACAACGGCUAAAAUGCUUUCGCCCUUUUCGUAUUUUGCCGCUGGAAGACCAGAAUUGCCAGAAUUUACCAGAAUUGUCUGAUAAAUAUUUUUUCCCUCCUCCUCAUAACCCAUGUCUCUUGAGCUGCUUCAUAGAUCCCCAUGAAUCCUUUUUCAUAGCGUUUUAUCAUUAUAUUAUUUUUGCCAUUUCUCAGGUCCUCCAUUGCUGGAGAGCCGUAGUUCUAAUCAAUUUGGUGCUUUCUAUGCUGUAAAGAUAUAAUGCAACUCAUCAGCUAAUGCGUUGU